UAUGAAAGAUGACUAUCACUGGCCAGGAGAUGGGAUGGAGGCGACGAAGGAGCCCCAGGAGAAUGCUGUGGAAGGUAGCAGAUAAUGACACCUGGGCAGGCCACUGCCAAACAGCAAAUGGCCCUGGGGACAGAGGAAUCUACCACUCUGCCUUGAGCGCAGCAAGGGCCCAGUUUGUGGAUGUGGAAGAGCGUGAGCCAGUGGCCAUGGAUGUGAAGGAGAGGAAGCCCUAUCGCUCGCUGACCCGGCGCCGCGAUGCCGAGCACCGCUACACCAGCUCUUCGGCGGACAGCGAGGAGGGCAAGGCCCCACAGAAGUCCUACAGCUCCAGUGAGACCCUGAAGGCCUAUGACCAAGAGGCUCGGCUAGCCUACGGCAGCCGCGUCAAGGACAUGGUACCACAGGAGACAGAGGAGUUCUGCCACACGGGCACUAAUUUCACCCUGCGUGAGCUGGGGCUUGGGGAGAUGACGCCCCCUCAUGGGACCCUCUACCGGACAGACAUUGGCCUCCCACACUGUGGCUAUUCCAUGGGGGCCAGCUCUGAGGCGGACCUGGAAGCAGACACUGUGCUGUCCCCUGAGCACCCAGUGCGCCUGUGGGGCCGGAGCACGCGGUCAGGGCGCAGCUCCUGCCUGUCCAGCCGGGCCAACUCCAACCUCACGCUCACUGACACGGAGCAUGAGAACACAGAGACCGGUGCUCCCUUGCAUUGUUCAUCUGCUUCAUCAACCCCUAUUGAGCAGUCCCCCUCCCCGCCCCCCUCCCCUCCGGCCAAUGAGAGCCAGAGGCGGUUGCUAGGCAACGGUGUGGCCCAGCCAACCCCGGACUCAGACUCUGAGGAAGAGUUUGUCCCUAAUUCAUUCUUAGUUAAAAGUGGCUCCACCAGCCUGGGGGUCGCAGCGAACGAUCAUCCUAGUGGCCUGCAGAACCACCCUCGGCUCCGGACACCACCGCCGCCCCUCCCCCACGCCCACACCCCCAACCAGCACCACGCGGCCUCCAUCAACUCUUUGAACAGGGGCAACUUCACCCCAAGGAGCAACCCAAGCCCAGCGCCGACAGACCACUCACUCUCCGGGGAGCCCGCGGCAGGCAGCGCCCAGGAGCCGACCCAUGCCCAGGACAACUGGCUACUCAACAGUAACAUCCCACUGGAGACCAGGCACUUCCUCUUCAAGCCCGGAGGCACCUCCCCGCUCUUCUGCACCACAUCCCCAGGGUACCCCCUAACGUCUAGCACCGUGUACUCGCCCCCACCCCGGCCCCUGCCCCGCAGCACCUUCUCCCGACCAGCCUUUAACCUCAAGAAGCCUUCUAAGUACUGCAACUGGAAGUGCGCAGCCCUGAGCGCCAUCGUCAUCUCGGCCACGCUGGUCAUCCUGCUCGCAUACUUUGUGGCCAUGCACCUGUUUGGCCUAAACUGGCACCUGCAGCCGAUGGAGGGGCAGAUGUAUGAGAUCACGGAGGACACAGCCAGAAGUUGGCCUGUGCCAACGGACGUCUCCCUGUAUCCCUCAGGGGGCACUGGCUUAGAGACCCCUGACAGGAAAGGCAAAGGAGCCACAGAAGGAAGGCCAAGUAGUUUCUUUCCAGAGGACAGUUUCAUAGACUCUGGAGAAAUCGACGUGGGGAGACGGGCUUCCCAGAAGAUUCCGCCUGGAACAUUCUGGAGAUCUCAGGUGUUCAUAGACCACCCUGUGCAUCUGAAGUUCAAUGUGUCUUUGGGGAAAGCAGCUCUGGUUGGCAUUUACGGCAGAAAAGGCCUUCCUCCUUCUCACACUCAGUUUGACUUUGUGGAGCUACUGGAUGGAAGAAGGCUCCUAACCCAGGAGGCAAGGAACCUCGGGGGUCCCCAACGCCAGUCACGGGGCGCUGUUCCUCCAUCCAGCCAUGAGACCGGUUUCAUCCAGUAUCUGGAUUCGGGAAUCUGGCACCUGGCCUUUUACAAUGAUGGGAAGGAGUCUGAAGUGGUUUCCUUCCUCACCACCGCCAUUGAAUCAGUGGAUAACUGCCCCAGCAACUGUUAUGGUAAUGGUGACUGCAUUUCUGGGACCUGCCACUGCUUCCUGGGUUUUCUGGGUCCUGACUGUGGCCGAGCCUCCUGCCCCGUGCUGUGCAGCGGGAAUGGCCAGUACCUGAAGGGCCGGUGCCUGUGCCACAGUGGCUGGAAGGGCGCCGAGUGUGAUGUGCCCACCAGCCAGUGCAUCGACGUGGCCUGCAGCGGCCACGGCACCUGCAUCAUGGGCACGUGCAUCUGCAACCCGGGCUACAAGGGCGAGAGCUGCGAGGAAGUGGACUGCAUGGACCCCACGUGUUCCAGCCGAGGUGUCUGCGUGCGAGGCGAGUGCCACUGCUCCGUGGGAUGGGGAGGCACCAACUGUGAGACCCCCAGGGCCACGUGUUUGGACCAGUGCUCGGGCCACGGAACCUUCCUCCCAGACACUGGGCUUUGCAACUGUGACCCAAGCUGGACCGGACAUGACUGUUCCAUUGAGAUCUGCGCUGCUGACUGCGGUGGCCACGGCGUCUGCGUAGGGGGCACCUGCCGCUGUGAGGAUGGCUGGAUGGGGGCCGCGUGCGACCAGCGGGCCUGCCACCCGCGCUGCGCAGAACAUGGGACCUGCCGGGAUGGCAAGUGCGAAUGCAGCCCCGGCUGGAAUGGCGAGCACUGCACCAUCGCUCACUAUCUGGAUAGGGUAGUUAAAGAGGGCUGUCCUGGCUUGUGCAAUGGAAAUGGCAGAUGUACCCUGGACCUGAAUGGGUGGCACUGUGUCUGCCAGCUGGGCUGGAGAGGAGCUGGCUGUGACACAUCCAUGGAAACUGCCUGUGGAGACAGCAAGGACAACGAUGGAGAUGGCUUGGUGGACUGCAUGGACCCCGACUGCUGCCUCCAGCCCCUCUGUCAUGUCAACCCACUGUGUCUGGGCUCCCCUGACCCUCUGGACAUCAUCCAAGAGACACAGGCCCCCGUAUCCCAGCAGAACCUGCACUCCUUCUACGACCGCAUCAAGUUCCUCGUGGGCAGGGACAGCACACAUGUCAUCCCUGGAGAGAACCCCUUUGAUGGAGGGCAUGCGUGUGUCAUCCGUGGACAAGUGAUGACAUCCGAUGGGACCCCCCUGGUCGGUGUGAACAUCAGUUUCAUCAACAACCCUCUCUUUGGGUACACAAUCAGCAGGCAAGAUGGCAGCUUUGACCUGGUCACAAAUGGCGGCAUCUCCAUCAUCUUGAGAUUCGAACGGGCACCCUUCAUCACGCAGGAGCAUACCCUCUGGCUACCCUGGGACCGCUUCUUUGUCAUGGAAACCAUCGUCAUGAGACAUGAGGAGAAUGAGAUUCCCAGCUGCGACCUGAGCAACUUCGCCCGCCCCAACCCUGUGGUGUCUCCAUCCCCACUGACAUCCUUUGCCAGCUCCUGUGCUGAGAAAGGCCCCAUUGUCCCAGAAAUCCAGGCCCUGCAAGAGGAAAUCAUCAUUGCUGGAUGCAAGAUGAGGUUGAGCUAUCUGAGCAGCCGCACCCCUGGCUACAAGUCUGUCCUGAGGAUCAGCCUCACACACCCCACCAUCCCCUUCAACCUCAUGAAAGUCCACCUCAUGGUGGCAGUCGAGGGUCGCCUCUUCAGGAAGUGGUUUGCAGCAGCCCCUGACCUGUCCUAUUACUUCAUCUGGGACAAGACAGAUGUCUACAACCAGAAGGUGUUUGGGCUCUCAGAAGCCUUCGUUUCUGUGGGUUAUGAAUACGAAUCCUGCCCCGAUCUGAUCCUGUGGGAGAAAAGGACGGCGGUGUUGCAGGGCUAUGAAAUCGAUGCAUCCAAGCUGGGGGGCUGGAGCCUGGAUAAGCACCACGCCCUGAACAUCCAGAGUGGCAUCCUGCACAAAGGGAAUGGAGAGAACCAGUUUGUGUCUCAGCAGCCGCCAGUCAUCGGCAGCGUCAUGGGCAACGGGCGCAGAAGGAGCAUUUCCUGCCCCAGCUGCAAUGGCCUUGCUGAUGGCAACAAGCUCCUGGCCCCUGUGGCCCUCACCUGCGGCUCCGACGGGAGUCUCUAUGUGGGAGACUUCAAUUACAUCCGCAGGAUCUUCCCCUCCGGAAAUGUCACCAACAUCCUGGAGAUGAGGAAUAAAGAUUUCAGACAUAGUCACAGCCCAGCACACAAAUACUACUUGGCUACAGACCCCAUGAGCGGAGCCGUCUUCCUGUCGGACACCAACAGCCGGCGGGUCUUCAAGAUCAAGUCUACCACAGUGGUGAAGGACGUGGUCAAGAACUCUGAGGUGGUGGCGGGGACUGGUGACCAGUGCCUCCCCUUUGAUGACACUCGCUGCGGAGAUGGAGGGAAAGCCACAGAGGCCACGCUCACCAAUCCCAGGGGAAUUACAGUGGACAAGUUCGGGCUCAUUUACUUCGUGGAUGGGACCAUGAUUAGACGCGUUGAUCAAAAUGGGAUCAUCUCCACUUUGCUGGGCUCCAAUGACCUCACCUCGGCCAGGCCCCUCAGCUGUGACUCUGUCAUGGACAUUUCUCAGGUUCGCCUGGAGUGGCCCACAGACUUAGCCAUCAACCCAAUGGAUAAUUCUCUCUAUGUCCUCGACAACAAUGUGGUCCUACAAAUCUCUGAAAACCACCAGGUCCGCAUCGUGGCUGGGAGGCCCAUGCACUGCCAGGUCCCUGGCAUCGACCACUUCCUGCUGAGCAAGGUGGCCAUCCACGCAACCCUGGAGUCAGCCACGGCUCUGGCUGUCUCACACAAUGGAGUCCUGUAUAUCGCUGAGACCGACGAGAAAAAGAUCAACCGCAUCAGGCAGGUCACCACGAGCGGCGAGAUCUCACUGGUUGCUGGUGCCCCCAGUGGCUGCGACUGUAAAAACGAUGCCAACUGUGACUGCUUCUCUGGAGAUGAUGGUUAUGCCAAGGACGCAAAGCUGAAUACCCCCUCUUCCUUGGCUGUGUGCGCAGAUGGGGAGCUCUACGUGGCCGACCUCGGAAACAUCCGAAUUCGGUUUAUCCGGAAGAACAAGCCUUUCCUCAACACCCAGAACAUGUACGAGCUGUCCUCCCCCAUCGACCAGGAGCUGUACCUCUUUGACACCAGUGGCAAGCAUCUGUAUACCCAGAGCCUACCUACCGGAGACUACCUCUACAACUUCACUUACACGGGGGACGGCGACAUCACACACAUCACAGACAACAAUGGCAACAUGGUGAAUGUCCGCCGAGACUCCACCGGAAUGCCCCUCUGGCUGGUAGUCCCGGAUGGCCAGGUAUACUGGGUAACCAUGGGCACCAAUAGCGCGCUCAGAAGUGUCACCACACAAGGACAUGAGCUGGCUAUGAUGACAUACCACGGCAACUCUGGCCUUUUGGCGACCAAAAGCAAUGAAAAUGGGUGGACAACAUUCUAUGAGUAUGACAGCUUUGGUCGCCUGACAAAUGUCACCUUUCCAACUGGUCAGGUGAGCAGUUUCCGAAGCGACACAGACAGCUCAGUGCACGUGCAGGUAGAGACCUCCAGCAAAGAUGACGUCACCAUAACAACCAACCUGUCUGCCUCCGGUGCCUUCUACACUCUGUUGCAAGACCAAGUCCGGAACAGCUACUACAUCGGGGCUGAUGGUUCCCUGCGGCUGCUGCUAGCCAACGGCAUGGAAGUGGCUCUUCAGACCGAGCCACACCUGCUGGCUGGCACUGUCAACCCCACUGUGGGCAAGAGGAAUGUCACGUUGCCCAUUGACAAUGGCCUCAACCUGGUGGAAUGGCGGCAGCGCAAGGAGCAGGCUCGAGGCCAGGUCACGGUCUUCGGGCGCCGCCUGCGGGUUCACAACCGAAACCUCUUGUCUCUGGACUUCGACCGUGUAACGCGCACAGAGAAGAUCUAUGAUGACCACCGCAAGUUCACCCUUCGGAUCCUCUAUGACCAGGCAGGGAGGCCGAGCCUCUGGUCGCCCAGCAGCAGGCUGAAUGGUGUCAAUGUGACCUACUCCCCUGGGGGUCACAUUGCUGGAAUCCAGAGGGGCAUCAUGUCUGAGAGGAUGGAAUAUGACCAGGCAGGGCGCAUCACAUCCCGGAUCUUUGCAGAUGGAAAAAUGUGGAGCUACACAUACUUAGAGAAGUCCAUGGUGCUUCACCUCCACAGCCAGAGGCAGUACAUUUUCGAGUUUGACAAGAACGACCGCCUCUCUUCCGUGACCAUGCCCAACGUAGCCCGGCAGACGCUGGAGACCAUUCGCUCGGUGGGCUACUACCGGAACAUCUACCAACCCCCCGAAGGCAACGCCUCCGUCAUCCAGGACUUCACCGAGGAUGGACGCCUGCUGCACACCUUCUACUUGGGCACCGGCCGCAGGGUCAUUUACAAGUACGGCAAGUUGUCAAAGCUGGCCGAGACUCUGUAUGACACCACCAAGGUAAGCUUCACCUACGAUGAGACGGCAGGCAUGCUGAAGACCGUCAACCUGCAGAACGAGGGCUUCACCUGCACCAUCCGCUACCGUCAGAUCGGGCCCCUCAUUGACCGCCAGAUCUUCCGGUUCACAGAGGAAGGCAUGGUCAACGCCCGUUUUGACUACAACUAUGACAACAGUUUCCGCGUGACCAGCAUGCAGGCCGUGAUCAACGAGACCCCGCUUCCCAUCGACCUGUACCGCUAUGAUGAUGUGUCGGGGAAGACGGAGCAGUUUGGCAAGUUCGGGGUCAUCUACUAUGACAUCAACCAGAUCAUCACCACAGCCGUCAUGACCCACACCAAGCAUUUUGAUGCCUAUGGCAGGAUGAAGGAAGUACAGUAUGAGAUCUUCCGGUCACUCAUGUACUGGAUGACGGUUCAGUACGAUAACAUGGGACGGGUAGUGAAGAAGGAGCUGAAGGUAGGGCCCUAUGCCAACACCACCCGCUACUCCUAUGAGUACGACGCCGAUGGCCAGCUGCAGACAGUCUCCAUCAAUGACAAGCCGCUCUGGCGCUACAGCUACGACCUCAAUGGGAAUCUGCACCUGCUGAGCCCCGGGAACAGCGCACGGCUCACGCCACUACGGUACGACCUCCGUGACCGCAUCACGAGGCUGGGGGACGUGCAGUACAAGAUGGAUGAGGAUGGCUUCCUGAGGCAGCGGGGUGGGGAUGUCUUCGAGUACAAUUCGGCCGGCCUGCUCAUCAAAGCCUACAACCGGGCCAGUGGCUGGAGCGUCAGGUACCGCUACGAUGGCCUGGGGCGCCGCGUAUCCAGCAAGAGCAGCCACAGCCACCACCUACAGUUCUUCUAUGCAGACCUGACCAACCCCACCAAGGUCACCCAUCUCUACAAUCACUCCAGCUCUGAGAUCACCUCCCUCUACUAUGAUCUGCAAGGACACCUCUUUGCCAUGGAGCUGAGCAGUGGCGAUGAGUUUUACAUAGCUUGUGACAACAUCGGGACCCCUCUUGCUGUCUUCAGUGGAACGGGCUUGAUGAUUAAGCAGAUCCUAUACACAGCCUAUGGGGAGAUCUACAUGGACACAAACCCCAACUUCCAGAUCGUCAUUGGCUAUCAUGGUGGUCUCUAUGAUCCGCUCACCAAGCUUGUCCACAUGGGCCGACGGGAUUACGAUGUGCUGGCCGGACGCUGGACCAGCCCAGACCACGAGCUCUGGAAGCGCCUGAGUAGCAACAGCAUCGUGCCUUUUCAUCUCUACAUGUUUAAGAACAACAACCCCAUCAGCAACUCCCAAGACAUCAAGUGCUUCAUGACAGAUGUCAACAGCUGGCUACUCACCUUUGGAUUCCAGCUGCACAACGUGAUACCUGGCUAUCCCAAACCAGACACAGAUGCUGUGGAACCCUCCUAUGAGCUUGUGCACACACAGAUGAAAACCCAGGAGUGGGACAACAGCAAGUCUAUCCUCGGGGUACAGUGUGAAGUCCAGAAGCAACUGAAGGCCUUUGUCACCUUAGAGCGCUUUGACCAGCUUUACGGCUCCACCGUCACCAGCUGCCAACAGGCCCCAGAGACAAAGAAGUUUGCCUCCAGUGGUUCCAUCUUUGGCAAGGGGGUCAAGUUUGCCUUGAAAGAUGGUCGAGUGACCACUGACAUCAUCAGUGUGGCCAACGAGGAUGGGCGGAGGAUUGCGGCCAUCUUGAACAAUGCCCACUAUCUAGAGAACCUUCACUUCACCAUUGAUGGGGUGGAUACCCACUACUUUGUGAAACCAGGACCUUCGGAAGGUGACCUGGCCAUCCUGGGCCUCAGUGGGGGACGGCGAACCCUGGAGAACGGGGUCAACGUCACUGUGUCCCAGAUCAACACCAUGCUCAGUGGCAGGACUAGACGCUACACUGACAUCCAGCUGCAGUACAGGGCUCUGUGCCUGAACACCCGCUACGGGACAACGGUGGAUGAGGAGAAGGCACGGGUUCUGGAGCUGGCCAGGCAGAGAGCCGUGCGCCAGGCUUGGGCCCGAGAGCAGCAGAGACUGAGGGAAGGGGAGGAAGGCCUGAGGGCCUGGACAGAGGGGGAAAAGCAGCAGGUGCUGAACACAGGGCGGGUGCAAGGCUAUGACGGCUUUUUUGUGACUUCCGUCGAGCAGUACCCAGAACUGUCAGACAGCGCCAACAACAUCCACUUCAUGAGACAGAGCGAGAUGGGCCGAAGGUGACAGAAAGGGCCAAGGCCUGGACUUCUUGCCAAAGACAGCUACUCUUCUGUGGCCGUAUACCUGACUGUGUUGUACUUAAAAAAAAACAAAAACAAAAACUUUUUUUUAACAAGUGCAGAAAAAAAAAAACAUAUUUGUUGCAUUGUUAAUUCAUGCAACAUCCUUUUUUUUUUUUUUUAAAGAAAAGAAAAACACAAAUUUGGCCUUCAUACAUUUUUUGCAAAGAAUGAAAGGUUUUGUUUUGUUUUGGUUUGUUUUUUUUCUGUAAUGUGAUCACAAUGCUAAUUUUAUUGUCUUUUGUUCCUUUUUUUUCCUUGAGGAAUUUUCCCUGUUGUUUGGGGUACAUUUCUCCUCUCUUUGGGGUACACAUCUCCUUGGGCGUGUCCUCAUCCAUUCCUAGGUACCCAGCGUGAUGUGAGGCACGAGUGUCUGUGCUAAAUUGUCUCAUGUAUAACCCUUUCUUCUUUGACUGGGGUUGGGCAGGAGUGAGGGGUGCAGGGAGUAAUGGGCCUUGUGGGACCUUGGGAGCUUUGGUUAGGAUCCCACAAAAAGCGGUCGGUUUCUCUUCACCAUGUGUUGUGCCUCCUGAGGACCUACAUCAUGCUCUGGAAGAGUCCAUGAUGUUUAGCACCUUUUCAAGCCACCCAAAACUCCUGUCCAACCUUUAUAUUUUGAUGCUAAAUGAACCCCACCCCUCUCCCUUUUGCAAAUCUCUAGUGUAGUUGUCAGUGCCACGCCCAUCCCCAUAAUGAAAUAGAGGAAGUAUCUCCCAGGCCCUUUCCCCCGUCUGGUGACAUAACAUCCUGGGGCUAUGAGCCCCAUCCUUUCCAAGAGGCGAAAGCACCCAGGAUGUCUGUGAGUUGUUGAUCCUCCUUGGUGUCCCUCAUCUUCUCCCCUCUCCCAAAGUCAGACUUGAGAACCAGCACUGCACACCCAGCCCUGAAUGUCCAGGGAAGGCAAGGAACCCCUGUCCCCGUGAUUUUAGGUUAGCUUCCCUCCAGCGCUCAGCUGCCACCACUGAGAAUCAGGAGUGUGGCAAGAGAUGCCUGAUGGCCUUUGAUCCUGGAAAGAUGCAUAAGAAACAAGUCAGCCAAAGAAAGGAGUCAGCCAAGGCAUGAUCCGAGAACCCUAACCAGCUCCUCAAGUUGCCUCUGUCUCCCCUGUAUACACAGGCUAUUCCCAGAGGCUCUGGCAUCCCAGAGCCUGAGCUUUCAGGAAAUCCCGUCUGUGGGAUUCUUCGCUAGAGGACCCCAGGCAGGACUGUUUCUGUUUCUGUUCUGUUUUGUUUUGUUUUGUUUUUAAAUAAGAAGAAAGAGCUCGUUUGGUAUGGCCUAUGUCAUACAACCCACUGGGAUCAGGGACGGUGGUGCCAGAGGCUAGUGCCCACGGAUUCAGAAGGCCAGGCUAGCACUAAAUACCUGUACACAUCAUCCGAAGUGCGGAGGGCACAGGAGUGUCACAGCAAGAGCUGGGAGCGCACUGGAGGAUUCCUUUCUUGGUUUGUCUGCCUAGAUACAAUUGUCAUUAGCACUCACUGGAGGCUCUGGGAGACAGGGGGGGAGCCAAAUGCUUCCUUUUGAGCUGGGCUUCUUAGAAAAUGGGACUUUUAUGGGUUACAUUUACAUUAAGUGUGGAAAAUGAAUUCUGAGUCUAAGCUAUUCCCCGUGGAAACCUUGUUGGACUGAUAAAGCUCAUGGCACCUUUAUAGCCUUACAGAGUCUUCAGAAUAUGACAUGAGUUAAUGAAACCAAGAAGGUCUCUUACCGCAUGAAAAUCGGAGCAGUGUGUAGUCUGGGUUCUGCCUGGCGGAGGGAGGUGUCCAAAGCUUGUUGGGGAGGGGAGAUCCUGCCUUACAUUGUCCCGCUGGGAUUAGAGGAUGUGUUUCGCUAAGUGCUCUUCCUGAUUCCAAAAAAAAAAAAAAAAAAAAUAGUCACACUGCUGCAACAGUGUGCCGUGGCCUGCUGUGUCCAUGGCUUGCUCAUUGCCUGUGGGUCAGAGCUGUGCUGGGUCGGAUUUGAUGCUCCCUCAGGCCCACUGCACCCAGCAUGAGCUGGAAAUGGGCACUCCCUUCUGGCAUGAUCAUUCUUGGAAGGGACAGAAAAAGAGUUUGACAUGAACAACACAGGUCUUUUUGUAUCCAAAAGAAUUAUACCCCUCAAAAUGUACUUUUGCUGUAAGGGUCCUUUGGGAAGAGUUGUCCUGUGAGCUGGCCUAGUUGAUCUGUCCCCUACCGGCUGCCCGACUGACCUUGGCUGAGAUCUGCUGGGGACAUUUACUUGUGAGACUGAGACAACACGUGACCCAAGAGAACCGUCCAUCUCUGUGUAGCUGCCCAGGCUGUGUCUUCCUCCUCCACCAUCUUCUUCCCUCAAAGAAUAGAUAGAUUUCUAUAGGGAUCAGGAAACACAAUGAAUUAAUGGGGUAUUUUUUUUUAAAUAAGUGAUCCUGUAUUUUUCCUGGGCUCCAUCCCAGAAAGAUUACCUUGCUUCUACAGGGGAAACAUGGAAGCAUCCCUGAGCUGGACAGCUGUAGGCUAGACAGAGCUGUGUGCCUCCCUUUGAUGCUGUCCUCUCUGAACUUUGGUCUUGGCCCUUUGAGUUGGAUCCCACCUCCCAGGUGGGUGUGGAGGUGCAAGCCACAGCUCCUUUAGCCUUGAACAAUAAAUGCCAUCCGGGACAACACCUGUCCUUUGAACACUAGCUACAUGUAGCCACUUGAGAGAGUGGCCAGGUCUUCCUCGCUGGUGGAAGUCUGUGAGUCUGAUGGGAGUUAGCCUCUGAACCUCUAAGGUUUCUUUUUGAGUGGUUUCUGCCUUCUCUACUCUCCACAACUACCAACCAGUCCCUCAGCCUCAGCCCCUCCUCCAUGACCUUAAUUCCCAACUUUGUCUUUUAUACCCUAACCAUCCCCAUUGCCAUCUCCCAGACAGGCAUCAAGAGGGGGGAUAUUGACUCCACGGUAAACCACACCGUAGCCUCUGACAGCUGGCUUAGAAUCGCUGCUGAAGAGUUAGCCAAGGUCUAUACCAGUGCUUGACUCUACUGAGGGAUGCGAGGUUCGAAAGAAAUCCUAGGUAGUUAAUGGGAGACCGAGGCUGGACAAGUGCCUGCAGAUAUCAGGGACAGGAGGGGAUGGCAAGCAGAUGGCGGAGAGGCAGAGUUGCUGAGUAAAGUGGGCGUGGCUUUCUAGGCACAGAGCAAGGGAAGAAGAAAGGGCCUUUCAGCUUGACUUUAUGUUACUGCCUCUAUAGACGAGGUUUCUGCUGUGACAUCUUGGAACACAGCCUUGCCGUUUGCAGCCCUUGCCUUUCUGGUGGCCUCGUGGAGAGAGAAAUGACACUGGGCUUUGCACCCAGGGAGAUGAGCUUGCUGGCUUCCAGCAGAGGGCUGGGGUUUGGGGUUUAAUCAUCCAUUACACAAAGAUGAAAAUGUUCUCCGUUUCUCACAACAGCUACCUAGCCCAAGGGGUUACUCCUGAUCCCGGGGUUGGGAAGGCUCACCUCCCCAUAGGGUCCGAGAAAGCCCCAGUCUCUCCUUUCUCCUGGGCUCUUCAUCAGGACUAAAAGCCCUCCCUCCAUGCGACACACGCUGUCCCCAGCGAGGUCAAAACCAUUGUGGGAACGGAAGGAAGUGAAAAGCAGGACUCUGUAGUUCAAGGCCUUUUUAUUUAGCCUUCCCAAAACAGCAAACUCAUUUUAAAGACUCAUUGCUCAGGUGACAGAAACUUUAUCCUCUCCAACCUUUCAUUCUCAAAAAACCAGCCUUGUGUACUUGACUGCCCUGAACAGUGGUGCGCUCUGAGGUUUUGCGGUGUUGUGGAGGUCAAAGGUGGGGGGGCGCGGGGUAGGGCCCUGUGUUGGGUUUCUUACCCUCUGGGGAAUGCCAAAGGCAUGAGACUGGGCUACUUCCUGGUCCCUAAGGAAAAAAGAUGUGAUUGAGUCUACGGGCAGAUGGUUCAGGGAUGACUGCGCAUGGGCAGGCCCAGCUGUCCCAGCAGAGGCUGACCCACAGAGGCCUGGUGGUCCCCAGCAGCUCUGACCUACUCAGCGCCAGAACCCCACUGUUCUCAAUGUGCCCGUCGUUCUGAGGACUUCUGAACCCGCAGCUCUGGCAAAGGACGAUUCCGAGCUGCCUCUGGAUGAGCAACACUGGAGACUCUGGCCUUACCAUGUGGAAAUCGUUUUCCUGAAGUCUGGAACUAAUUUUGAGAAGUUUUUUUCUCAACACUUUUGUGUCUCUCUAACACUGUAUUCUGGACUGUGUAAAUACCGAUGAGGCUGUAAAUAAACGCAGAUGUAGAUACCUUCUAGAAAAACAAGGGGGAAAAAAGCAUAAAAACAAAACCAGAAGUGGUCCUGUGUAGCCUUCGUUGACAAAUAAAAGACUAUUUUGUGUUUAAA